CUGUGUGAACGGGACGAUGGUUUACUCCAGGGUUCACCUGUGGCACGGCGACCGCGUCCUGUGGGGAAACAACCACUUCUUCAGAAUCAGUCUCCCGAAGCGCAAGCGGCGCGAGCGAAUGAAGGAGCCGGAGCACGACAGCUUCGUGGAGGCCGACGUGGAGACGGCGAGCCAGGCCUCGUCUGAGCAGGACUACAGCUACGAGUUCGCACAGAUGGAGGUCAUGAUGAAAGCGCUGGGCAACAACGGUACACACCUGACCUUUAACACACACA